GCGCUCGCUUUCUCUCUCUCUCUCUCUCGCUCGCAUUUCCCUACACCCACAGCUGCUGAGACGGACUCUCUACAUUGAAACUCCACUGAACAUGGAGCACAUAGAGAAGCUUGAUCAAGAAGUAAAUGCCUUUGUUGAUUAUUUGUUUGGACCAAGAGAUACUAGGGUUAGAGGAUGGUUGAUGCUGGAUUCCUACCUACCAACCCUUUUCCUGACACUGCUGUAUCUUCUUUCCAUAUGGCUGGGUACCAAAUAUAUGAAGGACAGGCCGGCAUUCUCUCUCAGGGGUCACCUUAUUGUUUACAACCUUGGGGUCACGUUGCUGUCUUUUUACAUGUUAAUAGAGCUUAUUCUUUCAACAUGGCAAGGGGCAUACAAUUUACAAUGCCAGAACCUUGAUAGUGCGGGAGAAGCAGAUGUUCGGGUGGCUAAAGUAUUGUGGUGGUACUAUUUUUCGAAAGCUAUUGAGUUCAUGGACACAAUAUUCUUUGUUCUACGGAAAAAGAACAGUCAAAUUACAUUCCUUCAUGUAUAUCACCAUGCCACUAUGUUCAAUAUAUGGUGGUGUGUAUUGAACUGGAUCCCAUGUGGUCAAAGUUUUUUUGGACCAACGCUUAAUAGCUUUAUUCAUGUUCUCAUGUACUCAUAUUAUGGUCUGUCCGUUAUUCCAUCCAUGCAUAAAUACCUUUGGUGGAAGAAAUACCUCACUCAGGCACAGCUGGUGCAAUUCCUGCUGACGAUUACGCACACACUGAGUGCAGCAGUUAAACCCUGUGGGUUUCCUUUUGGGUGCCUCAUGUUCCAGUCCUCAUACAUGACUACUCUAGUUAUGCUUUUUGUAAACUUUUACUUAAAGGCUUACAAGAAAAGACCUUCCAAAUCAGAUCCAAAUGGAAUCCCAGUCCUGACUGAAAUGAAGAAUGGCUAUCACAAAGACUUAAUAAAUGCAAGCAACGGGGUACUGCAUAAGAAGGAGCAAUAGUGUACUAAGAGGAGAUAUUCUUAAAAAAACCAAUGCUUAAACAGACAUAGGAAUCCUCAUACCUACUGACCGAAUUCUGCUUGAAACAAUUAUGAAAAAAAAAACAACUGCACUGAAAUAUUAACCUGAUAACAUUUAGGCUUUGGGAAUGUGCAGCUGAAGCUUUUGUCUAAAUACUACUUUAAUAAUGAUGCAGAUGGAGAGCAUUUUUUUAAAAACUAUAGUCCAGAAAAUGCCUUAUGCCCUCCCACUGAAAUUCUUUUACAUUUUUUUUUAACAGUUUUAAAUAUAUAACAUAGGGCAUUAGAUGUGCUUGUGUUCGUCGUUCUUUGUGAAGAUGACAUGCUACUGUUAGCCAAGGUAACAACAAGAAUCAAAAAAUAUUCCGGAAUAACGAACUGUGACUGUGCCCUUUUUGGCUUUGAAUACCUCCAAUUUUACUUUACUGCUAAAUCCUUAUAGAACUUAUAGGAGGGAAGGGUGCUAGAACAGUUCUAAAAUAACAUGAAACUGUCUAGUAAAGUCUUUUAAGGGUCACAAUUGUCAAUUAAUAUGAUUGUAUUGAUUCAUCAACUCUUCAAAAAAAAAAAAAAAAA